AUGACACGUCCCGAAACAGCUACGGAUCCCAAGACAGCUACCAAUGGUCAUACCAAAACAACCCCCGAUACCGAGACGGCAUGGGAUGAGCUCAAUGAGCCGUACGCCGACCCUCUGUAUACCUGGCCCUGCGGGCAUCAGAACACUAUCGAGGAGGAUCAAAAGGCUGCCGCUGGUGAGGCUGGUAGUGGUGGUAGGGGAGAGAAUGGAAAUAACAGCAAGAAGAGAAACAGCAAAGAUAAUAAGGGGAUGAAGUCCUGCCUUCCCCGCUACCAACCACACCUUGAGGGAUUCAACGGAUACACACCAACCGAAAACAAAGUUUAUUCCCACUUGCCAAUUGCGAUUCCAACCACCCACCAUCGCGACAUCGCGGCCACCUUCGAUAUCAACCCCCAUCGCAACACCUCAACCCCCCCCCUCUCGAGCCAACAAUGUCCAAACCCUCCCCCCCUCCUCCCCCCCACCACCCCCCUCCUCCUAACAAAACGCGUCACCGCCUUUCUCCGCGCCAAUUUAUCCCCCUCCAUAACAGCAGCAAUCCUCACAACACCAACCGGCUCUCUCCUCUCCCACGCCUCCUCCCUCCCCGCCUCCGCCCUAAGAAGGCAAUGCGCCGUCGCAGCCUCGAUCUGGGCCGUCCAGUCCUCUUCCUCCGCCUCCUCCCAAUCCUCCCCGCAACACACCCAUAAAACCCGAAAACACAAAUCCACCCCCUCCCUCACUGUCCAGCUUGACUCUGGCCUGGUUGCGGUAUGCUGUUUAUUUGCAUGGGUGGUCAAGCUCAAGGUCAAGCUCAAGGUCAAGCUCAAGGUCAAGCUCAAGGUCAAGCUCAAGGUCAAGCUCAAGGUCAAGCUCAAGGUCAAGGGUCAGGGUCAAGGUCAGGGUCAGGAUCAGGGUCAGGGUCAGGGUCAGGAUCAGGAUCAGGGUCAGGGUCAGGGUCAAAAUCAGGGUCAGGAGCAGCAGCAACAACAACCGGAGGAGGGGAAUGGGGAAGGGAUGGAGGGGAAAACACCAGUCGGGUCACCAUCCGCAAAUUCAGAAGUGGGAAGGGCGUCCGUCAUGAGCGGCGGGACGACAUCGGGGCAGACGGUCACGUCCCAAACAAGCGCGAGCUCGGCGGGGGUGGUGAUGAUGAGGAGGCAGGUGGAGGAACUAGCUAGGUGGUUGGACGAGAAGCUGGCGGGGUUGUGCAUACCGGAGGAGGGGAUCGGGUUGGAGAAUCUGAGGAGGGCGGGAGGGGAGCAGCUGGAGAUGAGGUAG